GGCAGCGACUAAUAGAUGGUUCCAUAAAAGGAGGACCACGACGUUACACACGUCCCCCCUGAGAUCCUGAAUACGCCUGUCCUCUUCUUCUUCUCUUCUUCUGUCCUUUGCAACAACUCUCCAUUUCCUGAUCAGUUCAAGGAAGAUCGUGUAAGAGGAGGAACAGAACAAGAUGUUCUUUCAGCGGAAGAACUCAAAGAAAGUCAAGGACUCUGAAGGAUCGCAGAAGAAGGGAAAAGAUAGCCGCGGGAAGAAUGACCUUUUUGAUCGUGCCAAGGGAGGGCUUGAUGCCCUUGCAGGAAGCCUCCAGUCAGCCAAGAACGAUGCCGAGACGGCGACGGAGAAGCUUCAAGGAGAUGUGAAGUCAGGCAUCGAAACGAUCUUGCACAAGGGCUCAGGCCUUAUUGAGAAAGCGAAAGAAGAACUCGGAGGUCACUCCGAGGCCAGCCAUUCAAAGGAACUAGAGCAAGGAAGCGAAGAACAAGGAAACAAGGACAUGGAUGCUUUAAGUGCAGUUAUGGACAAGGUGAAGAGCCACCCGGAAGUGGUGGAGAAGGUCAAGGACGAGGUUAAGAGCCUUGCUCAUGCUCUUCAUCUGCGGAGGCAUGGAUCUAAAGAUAAAGAACCUGAGGCUGAAGAGAAAGCAGAGGAAGGCGAAGCUGCCCAGAACGCUGACGUCGCCGCCUCUGCUGACAAGACUGAAGAAUCGAAUGUGGAGCAAGCAGUAGAAGAAAUUCAGGCUGUCGUCGCAGCGGUGCAGCAGGAACAGACAGCCCCCACAACUGAAACUGAAACUCCAACUAAGACUGAUGCUACUGCUGAAACUUCAGCUGAAGGAGAGAAGCCUGAAGAAACAAACAGGGAGGUGGAGAAAGAUGACCCGAAGAAGCGGCUCGAUUUCUUAGGGUUCUUCGCCAUGCUGUUUGAGAGGUUCUGCUCCCCUGCCAACAAGAAGAAAGAUUAAGUGAUAUGCAGGUCAGGUGUGGAUUUCUCGUUUUGUGAUCAUGGACUUGGAAACUACAUGGAGAUGGAAUUGCAUUGGGAUUGCGGGUGGUGUACAGUUUGCAGUUAUAUGCUUCUCUUCAGACAAAUCUGCUGUUGGUUUUUACUCUCUUCUAUGGUGAUGGAUGCAUGGAUAUGGUUUAUUUGGUGUAGUUCUUCUCAACCUUGUGGAAUUGAUUUUAUUUAUAUGAACAAAUGAUUUAUUUUCAAGAGCUUUCUGUGCCUCAAGUGCUGUAGACAUUCUUUUUUGUUAAGAUAAUGUAGUGUAUGUGUGGGAAGCACGAACAUGUAAGGACCCGUUUUUGCUAAUUGUGAAGUAAAAUGUUUGCUCAACUCAA